AUGCCAUUGCCUCCUUCAAACCCAUCCUGCCCCUUUAGCAUCCGCCGCAUCAACCCUAUCACGUACUUGAUCCGUGAGAACGACAUUUACGGUGAGCAUCCGCACAUAUACGCCAAGAUCUGCUCUUCCAACACCCUCUCCAUCAUCGUCCUCAGCGAUACAGGCGUCGGGACAAACCUCCCAAACCCACAAUACUCCCCGUCAUCUCCCCAAAGUUCCCAACCUAAGUUCUGGAACAUUGGCACAUUCCUCGAGCACACCAUCAAUCCAGACAGCCGAAUUCCUUAUGUGGUGAUUACGACGCACUGCCACUACGACCACAUCCUUGGAAUUCAUCAUCUUCCGCCAACGGACAGGCCACCAACGAUCGUGCUCGCAUCCUCCAACUCCACGGAUUUUCUAAGCCCUUAUUCCAGACUACAAAGGCACUCUCUUUGCGACCGCCUCAACCGUCGCGCCCCCUGGUACCACAUCACAUGGGCCGUAGAUCUGUCAUACGUGACCUACAAGGACCCAUUCGGUGGCUUGCCUCUACAAACCAAUAUCCAAAUUCUCCACGCGCCCGGCCAUACGCCUGACUCGCUCGCCUGGUUUGACGCCGAGACGCGUCUCCUUUGCGUUGGGGAUAGCUUAUACGAGACCGAAAGCCGGGACAGCCGGGACACACCUUGGGGAGAGGAGCCCAGAGCUGCGGUAAUCUUGGUGAAAGAGUCGGUCCUAAGCGACUGGUGGGCGAGUUUGGCGAAGGUUGUGGAGUUCGUGAAAGAAAAGGACACGGAGGUCGAAGAUGUAGAGGAUGUGGAGGAAGAGGAGGAUAUGAGUGGGAAGGUGCAAGAUGGAAUUGGCAGCCCUCCACCCCAAGGUCUUAUUUUCGAGUCUAUUGUCGACUCAGACAUAGGAGGGGAGUGGCGUAGCAUCGAUGUUGUGCCUUCUCCGCCGAAGCUCAAGCCUAGUGUCCUCCUCUGUGCGGGUCAUGUUACCGUCAAUGCAGACGCUGCUGGGUGUCUUCUCGCAAUGCGAGAUUUCAUGGCAAGGAUACUGCGGGAUGAAGUACCCCGUGAAAGGCUUCUAGAUGCUAGAGGGGAGGAAACAUGGUUUUGGGACGAUCUAAUUGACGAGGGAACGGACUUGGCCAAAGCGGGAAGAUUCAGCCUAGUGGCACCACUUCGUGUAAUCGAAGAGGGCAGGAAAGUGAUUCCACAAGAAGAAUGGACACUAUGGUGUUGCUGAAGACAGUAAAAGCCAUUCGCGUAUUGAUAUAUCGUAGGUACCUCCCUGCGUACCGUCACAACUCACAGAAGCUCUGUCGAAGAUUCCAUCUUGCUUUAGAUCCUCAUGUCAUUUCCGCACUCUCGCGAUUCAGGUUCAAACUCUACAGUUCUUUCAUACCUCUAUACCUCCCAAAAACGCUCUAUAAAUGUCCCUCUCUAUCCUCACGAAAUAAUCAAUUCCACAACGUC